AGGGCUACUGUAGAAACAUCAUGGUGAAUUCAUGUAAGGGGAGAACGGUGCAUGUAGAUAGAAAUAGCUCAUUCUAAGCGUUAUUAUCAGCAAAUCGUGGAGUGACAAAUGGAUUACAAGGUGGGAAUCUUUAUUUUAGAUUCACUUCAUUUUUACACUUUUUUUGUGUAAGCUUAAAUAAGCAACUAUGUGACCGUGAUCAAACAGCCCCUUUGAUGACAAUAAAUCAUCGUACAUCUUAUCAUGCAUUUCCAGUAAAUUUGGCAAGAGGAGGCACUGCUACACAGUCAUCGACAUACACCGACGAGACUGCUGAACAAGCUAUCGAUGGCCAUCCAGACUCGACGUGCUCAGAAACCAUUAUUGGGAGAAACCCGUGGUGGAGACUGGAUCUGCGUGACGUGUAUCAUGUAAAUAGAGUCGUCAUCACCAACAGAUUUAUCUGCUGUUCGAGUGAAAUAAACGGAGCAGAGAUUCACAUCGGAAACUCUCUGGAGAACGACGGCAACAACAAUCCCAUAUGUGCUGUUGUUUCUUCUAUUCCAGCAGGUGAGUCCUACACCUACUACUGUGGUGAAAUGGAGGGACAGUAUUUAAAUCUGUUAAUUGCUGGAGAGAACAAGAUUCUUACCAUGUGUGAGGUGGAGGUCUAUGGUAAAGGUCGUUUUGUUGCAAAGACGAUGGUUAAGAUGCAGUUUAUCUCCAGUGCUGAUUUGAGUGACCCAUCAGUGAGAAACAAUCUUCUUAAACAGUUGGGAACUGCACUGGACAACAGAGGAUUAAAAAAUGUGACAUUGCAGUGGUCUCAGCUCCCUAAAAAAGAAGUGAAAGAGGUGAAAAAUGCAAAACGUUGCAGUGAAGGACAUGAGUAAUCUGCAGAUCAGCCCUCUACAUUUAUAAAAGGUCGAUGUAAUUUUUAUUUACAUUAUUCUGGCCUGCAUGAUUAAAAUAAUUAUGUAUUCACUUUUAAUAUGUUUCUGCUUGGAUUAAUCUAUACUGACUAAACCUUUUUGGACGGACACUGAGCACUCAAUGCUAAUGUAUCUCAUCACAGAUUUUCUUUCUUUGGAUGAAAAUGCUUAAAAAAGAUGAAUGAGAAAUCUUCGUAUUUUUGAUGUUCCAGUGUGUUUAGCAUGAGUGCACAUGCUCAGAACCCAUUGUUAUACACAAUAUAAAACAUUAAAUUUGUUGUAAAUGCUUUUAUCUUUUUACUUAUUGUUUGUGUAUUUACACUUUGGGAUUUGCCCACCUUCUUUGAUCAUUUCAAGCUGUCUGAGCAUUCUCACAUUAACUCUGUUCUUCUUUAACUUUUUCACUAAAUGUAAUGCUUUUGCUUUGUUAAAAACAUUAUCAGAACGCAGUCUUGUGAACUUUGGUUCCGACCACAUGAGUUCCCAAGCAAAAUGGAGGAGAGGUUAAUCAUUGCUGUGACAGGUUUCCCAAUCAUUUAUGUUAUACAGCCUGAUCAAAUGGCUUUUAAUUGGUUUUUAAUUGGUAUUUUGUUAUCAAACAUGUAUCUAUAAAAGUCAAGUUCGUUCAAUUGAUUAAUUUCUUACUUUCAAAUUUAAAAUAUGAAUAAGUUAUGCCCCACUUAUGGUCAGUCUGCACAAGAUCAACAUGUUUGUUUGCUUUCUGGCCCCUUAAUGCGAAGAUAACAAGACAUUUGAUCGCCAUAGCGUCCAUGAAUCUUUCUACUACAACAUUGUUGGCAGGGUGGCCGGAGUGAUUCUUGACGCUCUCUGAACGCACGGUCAGGCAUAAGUAGUCUUUUCAUUGCAAUUUAUUGCGUUGUUAAUCAUAAACAUAUGUAGGUAUGUGUUCUGUUUAUUUCUACCAGAAAGACUCAGGAAACAUAGAACGAUAAAUAAUAUUUAUUAAACAUAAUGUUAAAGAUCUUUGGGCAUAGGCCCCGUCCAAUAAAUGAAUCAUGGCAAAAUGAUUCCGAUGUUCCUGCCUGAAGAUAAGGCAGGGGCGGAGCCUACCCCCGGACUGAGGACGGGACCCUGACCUGGUGGUGGUGGUGGGGAGGAUGGAGGUUUCACUCAUGCGUUAGUUUCUGCGAACGAAAGAGAGGGUGAGUACCAUCCUUUUAUAAUACGUGCUGAGGGAUGAUAGGCUAACCGUAAUUGAUUAUGCUGUGAGGAGUCUUCCUGAUAGAACUUGCGCGGAAGCUUACAUAACUCUCUGCCACCAGAAGGAGCUCGUUUUAUAUUAUACAACAUCAUUUAACACUGCUUCUGAUGAUCUGACAAUGUUUAUUUAUUCAAUAAAUUGAGAAUAAAUGACUACAGGAUAUUUAUUCCUCUGAUAACUUGAGAGAAAAAAUACACAUUAUUAAUUUAGCAGACCAACCAAUUUAUAUCAACUUGUUUAUUGUGAUCCUGUAUGAUCUCAGCUGUAUCUCAUUCACAAUAAUCAUUGCAUAAUAAUUAAUAAGGCGCUGCCAGUUUCAGUGUUUUGGGUUAUUUCUGCAUUUUAUAUGAUUUAAAAACAUAAAGUGUAAACCAUGGGACUCUUUAUAAUGUCGACCUUUAGUUCAGCACGUUUACUAAAUAAAAGUGGUUGAACAAGGUUCAUUAAAUUUGAUUAGUAAAAAGUGCAAAACAUAUAACAUUUUAUCCUACAUUCAAAGAAAAGAUUGAGAACAAUGCAUUGUUUAUACCCCUCAGGUUU